AUGGAAAAGCUAGCUAAUUUGUAUGUGCGGGAGAUUGUGAGACUACAUGGAGUACCUAUCUCCAUUGUGUUGGACCGUGACCCAUGGUUCACUUCAAGGUUUUGUGAGGAGCUGCAGAGUGCUAUGGGUGAGAGACAGUUACUGAGACCAGAAUUAGUGCAUGUGAUGAAGGAAAAGAUUGCAUUGAUCCGAAUGCGCAUGCUUACCGCACAGUGUCGACAGAAAAGCUAUGCGGCUAAGCAUUGUCACGAGUUAGAGUUUUCAAAUGGAAAUCUUGUGUAUCUCAAGGUGUCGCGAAUGCAGAAUGUGUGUUGUUUUGGCAACAAGGGCAAGCUUAGUCCAAGAUAUGUUGGACCGUUCAAAGUGUUGAAACAAGUGAGCUCUUUAGCAUACAAAAUCGAGAUGCCUGCUAAUUUGGCGGGCGUUCAUGACGUUUUUCAUGUCUCUCAGCUACGAAAGUGUAUUCACGAUCCAUCUCAGGUGAUUAAUCACGAGCCUCUUGAUAUUCAACCCAAUUUGACAUAUGAAGAGCUGCCCGUGCAAAUCGUGGAUCGCAAGGAGCAACAUUGA